UCAAUCGUUGUAGCAAAUGUCAAUGCAUGACAUUCCACAUUUCACCUUUUUAAAAUAAAAAAAAAAAAAAAAAAAAAAUAUAAUUCACUUAACAAAACUGCGGGAUAUAACACGCAGGAUUAUAGGGGUCCGCUCCUCUUCUGGAGGCUUAAAAUUGCCUUUGCGCAGAAAGACCAUUGCAAAAAAGAAAUUAAAAAAUACGUGUAUGCGAGCGUAUGCAUUUAUAUGCCUGCCCAGCGCACGCGCAGAUACGUCGCCAAGUCGGAAGGGUGACUCCGCUCGCCAGCAGAUAAUAGCAGUUUGCUACGUCGGCAAGGGGAACUGCCUCGACGUGACACGACUUUUUUCUCGCAGCCAGGAGGUAGAUUGGUCGACCAGCCGAUUGGUCCACGGGGGGAGCAGUCCACGGGGUGAACACUCCACCGGGUUAAUAAUCAACCGGCCAAACAGCCAAGCAGCAAAACAGCCAACCCCCCCUUUGGCCGCACAAAUUUGAAGUCUUCCCAGCCAAAUGAUUACAUAACAUUUCGCAAAAAAAAUACGAAAAGGGAAAGAAAAAAAUCUUCCAAGUUCUUUUGGCCCCCUUCUUUUUCACAAUCAUCUUGUUAACUAUGGUAAAAAUUGAAACAUUAAAAUGUGUAAGCAAGGUUUACAUACAAAAUUGCAAAAAAAAAAAAAAAAAAAAAGUGAGGAAAAAAUUGUCUUUAUUCCCCUUCCUGCAGUGGAGUUUUACGAAUUUUAAUAAUUUCCUGGGCAGAGACUUUUUGAACAUAUCCGAACCGUUCACGGAAGAAUACACCUGCUACCCUGUGUCAUUCAUUGGGAAAGAUGACAUGGAAAAUGGAAACAAAAUCAUACUUCCACAGACUGCUCUAAAUGCCCUCGCUAGGAGACACAUUUCAUGGCCAAUGCUGUUCGAAGUAUCUAACCCGUACACGGAGAAGCGCACACACAGUGGGGUUCUGGAGUUUAUUUCAGACGAGGGGACGUGCCACAUGCCAUACUGGAUGAUGCAGCAGCUGUGCCUGAAGGAAGGAGACAUCGUGAGAGUCACCAGCGUUAGCCUACCCAAAGGCACAUUUGUUAAGCUGAAGCCGUGCUCGACGGAUUUUAUGGAACUCUCCAACCACAGAGCUGUCCUUGAAACGGCCCUGCGGAAUUACGCCACCCUGACCAUUGGCGACAAUAUCGUAAUUCACUACUUGGGAAAUACAUACGAGAUAAAGAUUGUGGACUUGAAACCCGCCUUCGCUUGCACUAUCAUCGAAACGGACGUCGAGGUUGAAUUUGAAGAGCCAGUGGACUACAAGCAAAGUGUGCAGUAUGUGGAGGAGCCCGUGCCCGUGGAAGAAAGCAAAUUCAAAGGAAAGGGACAAAGGACGGACGGAAAAGCCUGCAAAACCAGUAAGAAGAAUAAAGUCAAGCAGAAGGUUGUAGAAAAUAUUGAGCCGUGGAAGGAUAAGCUUGUUGGAGGAGUCAGGACCAAGUGUGCCGAGUAUGAAGAUCUGCUAAGGAAGGGCCGUAUCCCUGGAAUAAUUGGAAAAUUUCAAGAACGAAAAAACUAAGGACAGUCAAGGGGAAUACCCUUUUGUGUACGUUGUGGCGCCUGUGCGAUUUGCCUCCAUUUCCUUACCGCGCUGAAUGGAGUCUCUCUUCCCUUCACAAGCCAUAAUUCGAAUUCGUGUAAAUUUGUGUACUUCCCUUAAUUUUUUUUUUUUUUUUUUUAACGUCACCUCUGCACAUGCACAAAUAUUUUUUGUUAAAAUGUGUUUCAUGUAUGCAAAGCAACCUGC